AUGUCGGCCCUUCACGUGGGGAUCCGCUAUAAGCGCACCGCGGCCGGCCUCGGCGCCUCAACUCGGGAGCCUCAAUUACUAUCUGCGCCUGCGCGCUGCGGGAGGCGAGGGAAAGCCGCCCGCCCCAGAGCGGAGCAGCGUGCGCGUGCGCUCGGAGCCGAAAAGUCUCCACUAGUCAAUAGCUCUCCUUACGACCACAUCCCCAGCCCCGGAGCGCCGCAACUUGGCGCAUGCGUCAUGGCUAGCCCAGCGCCGAGCAUUUGGCGUUUGCUCGCGGCCGAGUUUGCCCCCGAGAAGCGGCGAGAACGGCGAAAUCGGCCUCGAGCCUGUGCCCCAGCCUGCUCGGAGCACGCAGGCGCAGACCGCCCGCAGCCGUCUGAGGGGCUCUCCUCGGAGGACCGUCUCCCCGCAAAAGGCCCGUCCCUCGCCCCUGGCCCGGCCAUGUCCAAGCGCCCCGGCUCCAAGCUGCCCGGCGGCGGCAAGAAGAAAGCGCUGAGCAUCGAGGAGAAGCUGGACAUCAUCGAGCGCUUUGAAGGCAACGAGAGGACGUGCGACAUCUCCCGCGCCACGGGCCUCAAGGAGUCCACGCUGCGCACCAUCCGCGACAACGCGGUGAAGAUCAAGGAGACGUCCCGCACGGGCAGCGGCACGAGAGCCGCCAAGGCCACCCGCGCGCGGCCCAAGGAGAUCGAGGAGAUGGAGCGGCUGCUGAGCCUGUGGAUGGAGGACGAGAGGUCGGGCGCCACCUUCCUGACGGCCAAGGGCAAGGCGCUGUCCAUCUACGCCGACUUGAAGCGCAAGUCGCCCAACCCCGGCGACGUGGCGCCCUUCCGGGCGAGCUGCGGCUGGUUCAGCGGCUUCAAGCACCGCUACAACUUCCAGAGCCUGCAGCUGCUGGGCGAGGCGGCCAGCGCGCAGCUCAAGGCGGCCAAGGAGCUGCCGGCGCUCAUCCAGAAGCUGGUCAAGGACGAGGGCUACACGCUCGACCAGAUCUUCAACUUCGACGAGACGGGCCUCUACUACAAGCGUAUGCCUCGGCGCACCUACAUCUCCAAGGCGGAGAAGCACGGCCCCGGGCCGAAGGCGGCCAAGGACCGAGUCACCGUGAUGGUCGGGGCCAACGCCAGCGGAGACCUGAAGCUGAAGCCCGUCGUGGUGUAUCGCGCGGCCAACCCGCAGGCCCUGAGAGGCAUCGUGAAAGCCAGCCUCGGCGUUCAUUACCGCUAUAGCAAGAAAGGAUGGAUGACCGCCCAGAUCUGCGUCGACAUCUUUGCCGACUUCUUCCCCGUUUUAGAGGAUUAUUGCAAGAAAAAGAACCUGGCUUUUAAGAUUCUCAUAAUUAUUGACAAUGCACCAAGCCAUCCCCUGACCAUAGCUGAACUCAACCCGAAUGUCAAAUUCGUCUUUUUGCCUCCAGAAACCACCUCCCUGAUUCAGCCCCUUGGGCAAGGGGUGAUAGCUCUGUUUAAGGCUUACUACCUGAGGCGAACAUUUAAGAUGCUACUAGCAGCCACGGGAGGUGAGAAUGCAGAAACUGUUCUAGAAUUCUGGAAUAGAUUUAACAUCAAAAUGGCCAUCGAUAUCAUCGUUGAAGCCUGGAACGACGUCACCAAAGAGUGCCUGCAUCGUGUGUGGAAGAAAAUGCUCCCGGACUUGAUUCAUGACUUUAAAGGAUUUGAACCUUCGGAUCAGUUAAAGAAAAUCAAAGCAAGCUGUGUUGAUUUGGCAAAACAAGUUGGAUUUGAGGGGAUCAAGAAAGAGGACGUGGAUGAGCUUCUAGAGUCUCCCCCUGAUCACCUAACCACCGAAGACACGCCACAACUUGCUGCCGAAGGGCAGGCGGAGGCAGAAGAUGAUGAAGAUGACGACAGCCAGAAGGCUACCCCGAGGCAGCUUGACACGUCACAGUUAUCAGAUGUUUUAGGUGUCAUUGAAAAGCAGCUGCAAUGGCUUGAAGAGAACGACUAUAAUGCUGAACGCAGCAGAAUAGUGGCUAGGGGCAUCCGGACCAAUUUGGAACCAUACCGGCGUCUUCAGUAUGAAAGGAGGAGGCUAGCGAAGCAGCAGCAAUUGUAUGUAUAUUUUAAGCCAGUACAGAGGAAACAGGAAGUCAAUGCCCCGACCGCAUCUGGCGGUCCAACUUCUCGUCUGCCUUUGGAUAACCCUCCUUCCACCACUUCGACAUAA